UGGUUGUAGCCCCUCAAAGUCCUAGGACGGAGGAGGAAACGAGGAAGGUGAUGUGGAUAAGGUCCAGUCUUCCCUCUCUGCUGAAAGCCAGGCUUUGGCUUAGAACUCUUUCGAUUCUUAGAGCUCUACGGCUCUUCAGACCCAAAUCAUUCGUCAUGAGCUCAGCUUAAAGCAGUACUGUGCUCCUUUCUUCUAUCAAACCCCUUGGUUUCAUAAUCUGAAAUUCAAAUAUUUGGAGGGGCCAUUGGGUGCUCAACCCUCCCACCCUCCAUGGCUGGGAUUACUGGUAGCUUUCACUUUAAAAUGAUUCUCUCUCAAAGAACAACAAGAGCUAAUCCUCUCUAUCUAUCCUCACUUGAAUCCAAACUACUAGGAGUUCGCUUCAGUAACCCUAAUCUUGUCAGGAUCCACUGUUGCCGUUCCUUCCCCGCUGCUUCUCAGCUUUCAGUAACCGCCCGGUCAGGUGGAUUCCGUGUCGGCCCUGGUGAUUCAAGGAGGUCGAGGGAGAACCAGCGGGCUAACUCUGCAGCAGAUCCUGCCCUGGAUAUAUCCGGCAUCAGGUCAGCUUCUGUAAGACUUAUAGAUGCUCAGCAGAACAUGGUUGGUGUAGUCUCUAAAACUGAAGCCAUUGAAUUGGCUGCUGAAGCUGAACUUGAUCUGGUUAUAUUGUCACCAGAUGCAGAGCCUCCAGUUGUCAGAAUAAUGGAUUACAAGUACAACAUCGAUUCACAUGAUUAUUCUGUGCGGUUGAAAUCUGCUAAAAGGUUUCUCAAAGAUGGAGAUAAGGUUAAAGUUAUUGUGAACUUGAAGGGUCGUGAGAAUGAGUUUCGGAAAAUUGCGAUUGAGCUCCUCAAGCGUUUUCAGGAUGAUGUUGGAGAGCUUGGGACAGAGGAGAGCAAGAACUUCAGAGAUAGAAAUAUAUUCAUUAUUUUGGUUCCAAAUAAAGCAAUUUUACAGAAACCUCAGGAACAACCAAAGAAAAGGGAAAAAUCAGAAGCGACUGAGGUGUCUGCUGGUGUAUAAGCAGAGUUUGCAUUUUGUAAACAGUGUUUUAUUAAUGAAAGAGUGAGAAACCUUCAUUUAUAUUCUGUGAUGAGGAUGGGGGCUGAGUAAUGCCUCUUGGUUGUGUUAUGUACAGUGAUGUUGUAGGUCAUGUGCUCCUGAUAGUGAUGAAAUAUUAAUUACAAUAAUGGUAAGUUAUUUCAAUCUAA